AUGGGAGGCCGGUUCUGUGUCAUGCUGCUGCUGCUGGCGGUUGGGGCUCAAGGGAUGAUGAGGUGAGAGAAAGCGAGAUGUUUCUUAAGCUCCAUGGUAGGAGAGGUUAGUGGGGUAUUCCAGUAGCUAGGAUUCCUAUGUGGAGCGACAGUUUUGAGUGGGUCAGGGACACUAGACCUCCAGGAGAUGACGGGACAACACAGCUUAAUUUGAAGCAUCAGCUGGUGCAAUGGGUAGCUUGAGUUUCCUGAAAGAGGUGUACAGUCUAGUGGAAGGCAAAGAGACAGCUCAGUUUUAGUAGACCAUAGGGAGCUGUGGUAUACUGAGGGCUUAUCUGCACUUACUCUUUUCCCACUGCUUCCCCCCAUGGGAAUCUUUAGGGUGCAAUCAGAGCAAAUGGCAAUUUGGGUUUUCCCCGGAUUGCCAUUUGUUCUGAUUUAUCACUAAAGAGUGGGCUCUCCCUUGGAAAGGAGUAGGGCAGGAGGAAAGCUGCUCAGACCUGCACUUUCUAGGCACAGCACUAGCGGAAGUGUGGACGAGCCCUGGGUCAGACAAUUGGUCCACCCGGCUCAGUAUUGUGUUCACUGCCUGGCAGUCGCUAUCCGGAGUUUCAGAGCACCUCUCCCAGCACAGCCUGGAGAUGCCAGGAAUUGAACCUGGGACCUUCUGCAUGCAAAGCAGGUGCUCUACCACAGAACUACAGCUCUUCUUCUUCUUGCAUGGGGAUGUUCCAGGUUCAGUUCCUGGCACCUCCAGUUAGGUCUGGGAAUGUCCUCAGCAUAGGCACCAACUCCUAGAGGCUUAGGUCCCUUCAGCCCCCACAAUAAAAUAUUUGAUACCAGAGUUGAUGGGCAUUGCUACCUUUCCUUCUUUUCCAUGUUCGGACUUCCCGACAAGCCCUGUAAACAAACUUAUAAAAAGGUUGCUCGAUGGCAAGAGAGCUGGGAUUGGGCAAAAACCUCCUACAUUGUUCCUUGCGAUUGGAGUAGAGAGAGAGAGAGAGCAAACUGGGCAGGUUUACGGAGUUCUAUUACAACAAGUGAGGAAGCAGUUCCCAGUUGAUUAUCAUUUCUAAAAAUUAAACUAGGAGCACCUAAUUCAGAUGACUUGGAGGGUAAAGCUCCACACCCAUUGUUGUUGCUGUUGUUGAAUGAAUGAAUGAAUGUUGAUUAUCACAGCUAAACAGCCAGCAUAGGUUGCUGUUGUUGUUAAUUCACCCUUUACCCCAAGGUCCCAGGGCAGGUUACAACAAUCAAAAUAUUUAAAAGCAAUUUAAGACAACUUACUGUUGCAGAAAUAAGGUGGGUCCUAAAAAAAUAUGCCCAAGCAGGCAGCCAACCCUCGUUGAUUUUAGGCAGGAGGGAGGGGGAGGAGGCAACAAGGUGCAUAGAAAUUUGGGGAUUUUGAAGAGUUAGAUUCAAGUCCCUUUUAGCUUUAAUAAUUCAGAGCAGCCAAGGAACAAUCACCAGUCACCCUCACAGAGCUAUUUGGGGGAUAAAAAGGGGGUAGGGGAAUAAACCUUCACCAGCACUAGGUACCUCUGCUGCUAGGAUUGGAGGCAGGGUUUAUCUGGCACACACAUCCCAAAUAUUUUAUUCAAGUUGGCAUCCCUGGUUCCCAGCCUGGAGAGCCUCUGCCAGUCAGUACCCAGCUAGAUGGACCAAUGGCCUGGCUUAGUAUCAGUCAGAUUCCUAUGUUCUUGUGCAAGAGAAGAGCGACUCCUAUGGUUUUCCACUACAAACUGGGAAGGGAGAAGGGACUAGUGGUUAGAAUGGAAGAUUAGAAAUCUCUUGGGAUUGCAAACCAGCGGGUUGAAGCAGAGGGCGAUGGGCCCUUGAGAGGUGAUGAGGGAGAAAGAAGGCAGGUUGUUUUGUGAAAGGAGGAAGACCUUGUGAAAUGCAGCAGCAACAUUAAGAGCCAGGCUUAGAACUCCAGGAUUCUCAGGAAUAAAGGUUUGGAUUAAAUGAUAGUGGCAGGCAAGGUUAUGCUGAAAACAAGGUUCCCACACCCUUUUUUCCCUCCUGAAGACUGCUGUGCUGAAUUACAGGCAAAAAUUGAACAGGAGAAGCUUUCCUCAUGCUCCAGCUCCAUACCUGGGGAAACGUUGCCUUUUGAACUUGUGUCUGUCCCUAGCAAGACAAGGGAUAGUGGAGGGUCCAGUCCAGGAGAGGACUGGAUUAGUGCAGGACUUCCCAUGAUGUUGGUUUUCUAAGGGUGCCUCCAGACUGCCAGUAUUUUGCUGGAGGGAUUCAGGCACAUAAGAAGUAAAUUAAAGGCUCUGCAGAAUGAAUGCUGAUUGCCAUAUAAGCGCCCUGUAAACAAAUUAGAAUGAAUGCUCAAUAAAAACAGGAGGCAGUCUUAAACCCCCUCAUAAGCAUUGUGCAAACAAACCAGAGAGCAAGCCAAAUAAAUAGGUCACUGGAGGAUCCCCUAGCGUUGCCAGUCUGAGUGAGGUUGCCAAGUGACAUGCUCCUCUGCCUUUAACAGUAGGUUGAUGUGUGGAAACCAGCCACUGAAGCUUUUUCUGGGUACAGAGCUAAAUGUUAUUGCUUGCGAGCGUCUGCCUGUCAAACUGAAAUUUUAAAUCCCACCUUUCCUUCAAGGAGCUCAAGGUGACACACAUCAUUCUGCCCUGCCCCACCCAUUUUGUCCCCAUGACAACCUUGCAAGGUGGGUUAGGCUGACCAAGAGUUUCAUGGCUGACUGGGAAUAAGAACCCUGGUCAUGCAGGUGGUCCUAAGUCCAGCACUCUAACCACUGCACCACGCUGUCAAAGGCGCAGGAGCAACAGAGGCGGGUUAUACUACAAACAGAAAAGUUGGCACCCCUCUUACCAAAACCGAGGCACAAGCACAUUGUUUUCUGAGUGGGGAGUUUCAGGUUAUCAGUUUGACAGUGGGAGUCGCAUGCGCCUUUGACAGCGUGGUUCAGUGGUUAGAGUGCUGGACCUAGCACGCACUUCCUGUCUGCGCAAGGUGCUCGGCCUCAGUGCUCAGCGCUCCGUUCUGCUGAGCCAACAUCCUUCCGCCUCCCAGCCCAUGUAGGAAUACAUUAGCCAAAGAGCAAAACAAAACACCUGAGAGCAGCCCUCGUUAAGAAGGCCCCUGUAAUUAUGACACCGAUACUUGGCCAUCACCCAGCUGUAGGUAGGAGGGAUGGGCAAGGGAGAUAAUUACAGAUAUGCUGCGCUGCUCAUCAACAGGCAGGGCAGGACAUGUGCGCUGGCGCUGGGGUGGUGUGAGGCCAGCCCUUCACCUGGGGUUGGAAUCAGAGCUGGCAGGAGGCAGCCCCUGGAGAAAAUGCGCUUCCCUGCCUCUUCCAUAACCACAUGGCAGGGAUCAGCUCCCUCUUUUGCAUAGGGCUCAGAUGACUACCUGGAACCCAGUGGGUGGGGAGUUUUCCCUGGCAAGAAAAUGGGAUUAUCCCGGAAGAACUUGGUGGGCGUUAUGCUCUGCAUGACUCUUACCUGCCCUGUCCUGAACGCAGAGAUCUGGCAGCAUUUUAUUUGUCUUCUAGUUUUUUUGAAGACAGACAUAUAUACAGAGUGUGUGUGUGUGUGUGUGUGUGUGUGUGUGUGUGUGUAAAAUAGAACUUUAUUGAGGUUGAUAAUGAGCCAGAAAAAUUUUCGCCAACUUCUGGCAGUCACAGAAAUAGGAUUCUACAGUACUACAUUCUGCUCUGUGUGCUUUUGGAAGAGCAGGGUUUAUUAUUAUUAUUAUUAUUAUUAUUAUUAUUAUCAUUAUCAUUUGCAGUAGUGUGGCUAGGAAAAAAAGGGGACAAUUUUACAUGCCCUACCAGUUUCUGGCUCAGUACUGCUGUCAUCCCUUGGACACUCUCUCCCUUCUAAAAUAACCCAGGGCCAUUCUUAAAUGCGGGAAUGCAGAACUUGUGACCCUCCCAGUGUUGCUGAACCAGGCCAUAUCCCACAUUGUUCACUUAAAGCACUCUUACGCCACUUGAACAGUCAUGGCUCCCCCUCCCCCCAAUAAUAUCGGAAACUGUUAAGGGUGCUGGGAGUCAUAGCUCUGCGAGAGGGUCUCCUAACCACUUUCUGCACCCUUAACAAACUACACUUCCCAGAAUUAUUUGGAGAAAGCUGUAAAACAGUGUAAGAGUGCUUGAGACAUGUGGUAUGGACAGCCCUCCUUGCAUGUGCUGGCUGGGGCUGAUGGUAGCUGGAGUCCAACAGGGCUGUUAUAUGUUCUUAAAGGACUCAGAGCACAGGGCCAGGACACAAGUUUGCACAAAAGUUGCAAACACCCCCCUCCUUUCCCAAACAAUUAAUUCCAUUCCUUUCCCAAAUAACCAGGGCAUCCUAGACCUGGGCCCUAUAGCUAGUGUCUGAAUUCUGUUUUUGUUUGUUUGGCCAAGUGCUUCUUCACCACCAACUACCUACCACAGGAAAUGGGGGGGGGGGAGGACAGACGGACCUGUGUGGCUCUCCAAAUGUUGCUGGACUAAAAUUCCCAUCAGCCUCAGCUCCUCCCGGUGACCUUCAUAUUCAGCAUUUAUAUUCAGCAUUCAUCCAGAUUUGCCAGCACAAAGCUUACAUGGUGGUUAGACAUGGGGCAUUUCCAGGCCACCUGUUUAUUGAGCAUUCAUCCUGAUUUGCUUGCAGAUGACAUUGGCUGAUUAAUGAUGAUUCAUUACCAUUUGUUUAUGGUGAGGUUAGAUGACAUUGCAUCAAAGCAAUUGUUAUCCCACACUUUUCCUGUGGGGGCGGGGCGAGGGGGAAAUAGUUAUAGAUCACCAGUGUAGGGUAAUUCAUGAAAUACUUGACCAGAUCCCUAGAUCCAAAGCUCAGGGCUAAACAUACUCUCCAGCAAGAGAAAGCCCCCGGCAGUAUUUAAAAAGGAACAAAAGCAAGCAAUAGUGUAGCGUGGGGGUUUACAGUGUUAAACCUUUUAAUAUCCCAUUAAGUCCACAUUUCUACCCCUCUUAGAGUUGAUCAGACCACACACCUUAGUAAGUUUUAAAAUGCUUUACCUACAACAUUCCAAAGGUCAAGUUCAUGCAUCUAUCCAUGCAGCAGCAAGUGAACACAGGCAGGAAUCUUGGGGUACAAAAUAUAGUGAAAUAGCUCUAAGCAUGCGGUCUGAGCUUGUAGCGAGCAAGCUCAAGCACAACCUAUCUCAAAGAGUUCACAUUGUUUGCUCUUUUACCAUGUGAGGGGGAUGACCUAGCAGCUGAAUCUAGCAAUUCUGUGGUCUUAACCCCUUCAUGCAUUAACUAGCCCUAUGAUUGCUAGUUAUAUUUGACUGUACUUUCCCACAUUUCCCUGUCACUUUCAUUAUGGCAAAAAGUUGGAUAUUUUGGGGGAGCGGGUUUGUUGUGCAAGACCUCCCAAUCAACUAUAACUGGGCAUUCAGAAUUUGCCAGUAUGUGACUGAAUCCCACCAGAACAUAGCAACAAUCUGGAAGCAUCCCAUGUCAAAACUUGCUUGAGUAGUUCUGAUUUCACCAGGCAAUUAUACAACAUUGAAUAUUCAUCCUGCAUUCGUCUUGAUUUGCUAGCAGGGUUUUUAUAUGUCUUCCCAUUAUUCAUUUGUCAUUUCCACGUGUUUCAAUACAUGUUCACAUCACUUUUCUAAACCAAAACCAAAAUGGAUUUGUUGCACUAGAGCAAUAGAGCGCUUUAAUCCACUUUACUUGUGCAAAUCUCAGAUGCCUCCAGGUGGUUGGUAUUUUGCAAAAGUGAUUCAAGUGCAUACUGGAACAUUAUGCAGGAAAAUGAUCCCAUAAUUAAAUCUAUAAGCCUCCCUCCUCAACUAACUCCUUCAGAUUUUAGCCCCUAUAGUCUUCUAAAAACAAUAAUUAGGGUCUAAGACAAAAAAGUAAGGGGGAAAAGGUCCCUCUCCUCCUGUAAUUUGAGGACUUAGCUCCUGUACUUCACUGCAACAAAGCCUUAAGUUUGUGUAACUGAGGUCACAACCAUACCAUGCAUUUAAUCCACUCUUACACUAUGGAGUCAUGGAGAACCUUGGGAACUGUAGUUUGUUAAGGGUACUGGGCAUUCUAGGUCUGGGAGGGUCAGCACUCUUAACAGUUUCCAGGAUUCUUCACGGAAGCCAUAACAGUGCUUGAAAGGUAGGGUUAUUCUGGCACCUGAAAAUCCCACAAGCACGAAUCUGAGGGCCCUGGCAGUACCAAUACAAUAUUUAAAUAAUAGUAGUAAACAAAACACUUGGUUUCCCUUUCAUGGCACCUAAAACCUGCUGCCUGAGGCAGCCACCUCACUGUCUAACGCAGGGGUCAGCAACCUUUUUCAGAUGUGGGCCAGUCCACCUUCCCUCAGACCAUGUGGUGGGCUGGACUAUAUUUUGGGGGUGGAAAUGAAUGUUCCCUCAGACCUUGUGGUGGGCCGGACUAUAUUUUGGGGAAAAAAUAUGAACGAAUUCUUAUGCCCCACAAAUAACCCAGAGAUGCAUUUAAAAUAAAAGCACACAUUCUACUCAUGUAAAAACACCAGGCAGGCCCCACAAAUAACCCAGAGAUGCAUUUAAAAUUAAAGGACACAUUCUACUCCUGUAAAAACACGCUGAUUCCCGGACUGUCUGCGGGCCAGAUUGAGAAGGCGAUUAGGCCGCAUCCGACCCAUGGGCCUUAGGUUGCCUACCCCUGGUCUAACGAAAGGGCAGGUCCUCAUAAUGCAUUCCUCCUGACAACUCUCCUCUGCUUAUUUUCCUCUCCUUGGCAGGAUCCCAUUGCAGAAGUUCCCCUCAGUCCGAAGCCGGUUUGGCCGCUCAGGCCUCCCCAUCGCUGACUUGUUAAGACGAGGAAGAGUCAGGUCUGGGUCACCCUCGGAAGAAGGUUCUGUCGCCCGCCAACGCCUGCACAACUACAUGGAUGUAAGUGCCCACAAGUGGCAGAUGGUGCCCAUUGGGACAGGAAGGGUGGAAGGCAGGGAGCCCAACAGGAGGCAGAGGCAAAGCCCCUGACAGGCACCAAUUAAUUCUAGUUUUAUCCCCAUUCUCCUCUCUGCUGAUUUCUGAGGGGGAGGAAGCUGAUGGGCCGUGCCCCCUGACCCCCCAAAUGGUAGGGGUAGGCUGAGCUUCUGGGGGGGGGGGCAAUGUCCCAUUUGCUCUAGUGGAAAAACCCCCAGUAGUGCCCACUCACCUUCCCUAGGGUAUGAACAGAAACUAGGACUGAUGGCACCUUGUACAGCCCCCCUGUCAAACCGGGCACCAGUCCUGGGAAAUGGGAGGCCAUUUUGGGAAUUCUGUGUUGACCCCUUCCUUCCCCAUUCUACCCUAGGCACAAUACUAUGGACAGGUCUGCAUUGGAACCCCAGAACAGUGCUUCAAUGUUGUCUUUGAUACUGGUUCGUCCAAUUUGUGGGUGCCCUCCUCCAAAUGUUGCCUGUUUCACCUGGCAUGCUGUAAGUUUAUUUUUUCUUCUUAUUGGCUUUCCUCACAAAAGUGACCCCAAGCAAACCCACAAGAGCAACAAAACACUAAAACCAAGUAUAAGAAACAGCUGAUAAAAACCUGAAAACACAACUAUACAACAUUCUUGUUGCCUUGUAGCUCAGUUGGUAGAGCAUGAGACUCUUAAAUCUCAGGCUCAUGGCAUCAAGCCCUACGUCGGGCAAAAGAUUCCUGCAUUGCAUAGAGGGGCUAGGUGACCCUCGUGGUCCCUUCCAACUCUAUGAUUCUAUAUAAAAGACGGGUCUUACAGAUCCCACCCUACUGUAAAGGCCACAAUUGUCUGAAACCCUUCAAACUAAGAGCUAAAACCCUGGUUACAAAUGAAUUGGCACCUAAAAAUAGAUAAAGAUGGCACCAGGCAGGCCUCCCUGGGGAGAGAAUUCCACAAAUGGUGAUCUGCCACUGAAAUGGCCCAUUCUUGGGGAAUGAGGUGGUAGCAGUGGAUCUAAGCACUACAAUGGAAGCUUGGUUCUGGAACUUAAUCCAUUCCAGAAGUCCGUUCGACUCCCGAAACCAUUCGAAAACCGAGGCGUAGCUUCCGAUUGGCUGCAGGAGCUUCCUGCACUCAAGCGGAAGCUGUGUCAGAUGCUUGGCUUCUGAAAAACGUUUGAAAACCAGAACACUUCUGCGUUUUUGGUGUUCGGGAGCCGAUUUGUUCAUCAACUAAGCUGUUCAAGAACCGAGGUACCACUGUACUCUAGUUGUUUCUAUGGCUUACUAUUACUGGUUUUUUAUUUUAUGAGAACCAGUGGAGUAAACCAUACAGCCCCUUGUGCUGCAGUUCCCAAGCACCAACCAUAGUUAACUAUUCCUAACCAUAGUUCAUAAUUUCCUAUGAAUGAAAAUGGCUCCUGUUUUGCUCCUCCUGUAACACGAGCAACAGUGGCAAACCAUUGGUGCUUGGCUUUGUUUUCUGUUCAAACUAGGAUUUAUGGUUUGUUUUGCUAUCCCUUCUGCUAGCAAAGGAGCAAAGAGGGAGCAUCUUCGCAAUCAAGGUUCACCGUGAUGUGCGAAUGCAGCUACUACAAUGCUAUUUUUAUCAAAAGAAAACAUGUUGCCGUCUUGCCAAGAUGUCUCUCCCCCCCCAUUACUCACUUCCAAUCCGUUUUAUAAAAAUAUCAAAUAUUGGGAAAAUAUUGCUUAAACAGAAGAGUUUUACAGUGCUGUAACACUAUAACGCUAAUUUUAAAACAAUGAAAAGCUGUCAUUACACACAUUUUCUUUCUAAUUAAACACUUUCCAUAUGCACUUCUGAUCAAAAACAAACUUUUAAAAAUAUAUAUAUUUCUUGGGUAGCAAUGCACAAUCACACUUACAUAAAUGAGCUUUCAGAGCUAAAUUAAUCAGCGAUAUAAGUACUGUACCUAUUUAUAUAUAGCUUGAAAUCACUCAGGCGAACUGAAUCUUCUCUUUAUUCAUGCACAGCUGCUCUGUCACAAUGCCCACUAGUGGUGGGGAUGUAGCAUAGCAGCAUAAACACACAGAAAACGAUACUGUACCCGUGGUAGUGUGGAAAGUCAGUUACAAUUCUCGUCGCUUCCGGGAGAAGAGUAAUGGCUUAUUCAUGCUUAGGGCAUCAGUCUGGAAGAGGGAUGGGGGAGAAAUCUGAUUCAGUUCGCAUUUGAAGCCAAAUCGGUCAAAUCUGCCCUUUCUGAAACAAUAUGAGAACUGAAACAGAGCCAUCCUUUCAAAAUUUCCAUUUCUCCAAAUGUUGUGAUGCAAAUCUCCCACCAAACAGUGUUUACAAAAAACAUAUGAUAGGGGGAAAUGUGUGUGUGUACACACACACACACACACACACACACACACACACACAAAACAUAUUCAGGUGCAUUAUAUUUGGAAAAAUGCUUACAGAAAUGUGCACAUGAAUCAAUACCACGUACAAAUAGGUGGUUAUUUAGGAGACCUUUGCACUAAAAUGCUGAAUUAUUUUCAUGUGGAUGUUUUGUUUUUCUAAACAUUUCAAAUGGCUGCAGAAAUGUAUAGAAUUGAAUUUAAGACUGGAAGAAUGGGAAAUUGAAAGAAGUACUCUGGAAGCAGCCUGGAAUAAACGCUGUCCUGAGUGUCUUACACCAAAUGACGGUUCCCUAAAUAAAUAAACAGAAAAAUACUAGGGUCAGGGAUAGUAAUAGGUUCCUGGGCCAAAUCUAGCCUCCCAAGAGAUGCCAACCAGCCCCCUGUUGUGGAUGACUUGAGAAGCUGGUUCCACCUGAGACAAGAGAACUUGCUGGCAGUAAGGGGUGUGGGUAAAGUUGGUGCUAGGCUACGCUUCACCCUCUCCUCAAAGUGUUGCCGUUACCAGUGUUCUAGAGCAGGAGUGAGGAAGUGGAUGUGGCCACUGGCCCACCCUCCACUGGCUAUUUUUGGCCAGAGGGCUGGGCCGGCCAGCUGCCAGUCACCUGACAUCAUACCAUGUCAAGCAAUUCUGCUUCGAAGAAAGAAUCAGGAGUGCACUAAUCUUCCUUGGCACUCCUGGGUUGAAUUCAAACUUCUGCUGCACUGGCUCGCCCCUUGUAAGCCACAGCUCAAAUUCAAGCCAAAGAUUCCUGCCAAAAGCAGGGCUUGCAUUUGGGCUUUCAGCAGGAACCUUGGCAGCUGCAGAUUGAAUUUGGCUCCUGGGUGGAAGUGAUUCCAGUGAGGCUUGGCAUUUGGUGCCCACUUUAAAAGGUGCCCAACCCCACUUGCAGAUGAACCACCACAGCAUCAUAACCCUAAGGCUCCCUGUCGUUCCUUUGCAACCCUGGCUUUGCUUACCUCACACCUGACACCACAUGAUGUCAGGUGGAGGCUUGGGGAAUAACAGACUGGCAGGCCACACAAGUAUCCCUAGUUGGCCUCACUUGACCUGAGAUUCCCCAUCCUUGCUGUGCAGCCUUAGGGAGGAAGGCCUUUAUACUCUUCUUGAUCUCAAGAAAAGAUCGUGCAAUUGUUGAAUGGUAACAGGACAGUGUCACCUGUAAGGUAGCUGCUGCUAAGGAAACCAUAAGCUUUGAUGAUGAUGGUAAUAACAACAAUAUUUUUAAUAAAAUGUUCCUGGGAGCUAGAAGCACUAGAGUUGAAACCAACCCCUAUCCUGCCACCACACAGACAGCUGCUUUCUCUCUCCUCAGGGGUACACAGUCACUACCGGGGCUUUUUCUCCUUGACUCACAAGGCCAACAAAGCCAAAUUUGCCAUUCACUAUGGAAGCGGGAGUCUCAAAGGAUUCUUGAGCGAGGAUGUUCUGAGGGUGAGUACAGGGGGCUCAGAUGCCUGGGUUCUUCUCCAAGAGGCAGAAUAAGCUUAACCAGUGGGGGAGGGAAGGUUUCUGUACGAUUUACCUUCAGAACGUGACUUCAGUGCCAGGUCAGCCCUGGAAGUUAUCAUGGGGAGGGGAUAGAGGAUGGGGGAAAGCACCCAAGCAUGCAGGGUGUCUUUUCCUUCACACCGAAUCACCAGCAUCGGCCCACAAGUUCACACACCUCUGUGAUAGCUUCUAAGAGAGAGAGGGAGUUGUGCCUGGGAAAUUUGCACUCCUUUUUAUUAAAUGGUGGAGACCAUGGCCCUUUGGUUGUGAAAGUGAUGAAGAGACUAAUGUUUUAAAAUGUUAUAUACGUAUAUGAAGGUUCCAGCUGUUGUGUUGUUGUUGUUGUUGUUGUUUGCCAGGGACAGUUCUGGCCCUGUUCUGGCCCCUGAUCCCAGUAAACCACUGCUUCUAUUUUUGCCUUUUUACUAUUGUGAAUGACAUUUUGAAAAAACACAAAAACCCACACAGCCUUUAUCCUUUACCCCUGAAUAACUGUGAGGCUGACACAACCAACUAGGUUUUCAUAGCGUUCUUGAAAAGCUCACACACCUUCUGUGUGGUAAGUGCAUUUUUGUGUGCCAGCAAUGCCUCUUGAGUACCACGGGCAUAACUGGGCUUCCGCCAAAUCCUGUAGCCCUUCAGCUUUCCAUAACUCUGGUACAGGGAUUGCACCCUAAAUCUCUGAGUGAGGCUGAAGGCAUUUUGACUUUGCUGCGCAUACAUGUAAACAAAGGCUUAAGAACUGGUUGUCUGUGGCCUACCGGGUGGAGUGGCCAGCUGCCAGGCCCCUUCACUACCUACUAAACAUGCAUCACUGUAAAUGCAAGGGAACUUGGGAAGCUGCCUUAUGCUGAGUCAGACCCAGAGGCACAACCUUGCGCCCGAGGUUGAGGGCACCCAACACGUGGGACGUCAUGUGUGUGUGAUGCACGAUGAACGCAUGACGUCACAUCGUCAGGGGGAGACGAAGUGUGGAGCCAAGCGCAGCCUGGCUUCAGUGGCCAGUGGCUCCUCCUCUCUUGUGCUCAGGAGAAGCCUUCCUCCACCCCCUCAACACUGAGGGGGCCUGGACCCUUGCCAACAUAUACCGAGGAGGACUCCCUGGCCCUAUAGAGUUGGUGCACCUGGUCACACCAUUGGCCCACCUAGCUCAUUAUUAUCUAUGCUGACUGAUAGUGGCUCUCUAGGGCUAAUCUCAGAUAAUCUCAGGCCUACCUGGAGAUGCCAGGGAUCAAACCUGCAUGCAAUGCAGAUGCUGUACCACCAAGCCAUGGCUUUCUGAAGGCAGCCCUGUUUAGGGAAGUUUUUAAUGUUUGAAGUUUUGUUCUAUUUUUAAUGUUCUGUUGAAAGCCGCCCAGAGUGAUAGGCAGGGUAGAAAUAAAUUAUUAUUAUUAUUAUUAUUAUUAUUAUUAUUACUAUUACUAUGCCCAGGACAUCUUGGGCAUCCAAGCCAGCCCGCUGAGGGCUGCUCAUGACCAAUGGGCUUUAGCUGAUUCAUUACUGAGGAUGAGUCUGAAGUGUUUGUGUUUACCUUUGGAAAGCAUGAGAAAAGUGAGAUAGGCUUUCCUUCCAGUGUAACCUCUGACAGCUUCUGUUUGUUAAACUGUAAAUUGUCUAAGGCUUACUACUCCAACAUCCUCCAGAAGGCACUUUGAGAGAUGUUUUGAAAAUAGGCAAACUUAUUUAAAUUAUAUUGAUGGAUUACAAAGUUACAUGACUAAUCAACUACAAAUCUUGCAGUGGCUAUGAGCCUUAAUUAAAAUUAUUCAGACAUUCAUCAUGGCAAUAUAUAUAUAUAUAUAUAUAUAUAUAUAUGGCAUCAUUACAUGAACGUAGCACUUUGCGAUAUUGCCUAAGCAAAUCCUAAGAGCAGAGCAUAUUUCAAGAUAGUUACCUCUGCAUUUGGAGAGAGGAACUGUGGUUUGCUUAAACUAUGUUUCGGAACAUGCCAACAUCUGAAACUGCAGUUUGAUCCUGGCUUACCUUCACUAUAGUUUACCAGAUUAUAAUUUCUGAUCUCUUCCUCUGGUUCAUGAAAGAGAAGGAGGGGGAGCACACAACCCAAUGGCUUGCCAUGAUUCAUUCACAUAGUGGGAAACUACUGUCUCCUGUUACAUCUCAACCCAGCUACAGCAGAAUCCCAGUUUCUCUUCUACUAGAAAGUAAGCACUGGAUCUGAAGGAAGAAAGACAGGUGACACCACACAGGUAUUCAGGGACAGAGCUCUAGGCUUAAAGAUGCAGCAAGAGGAUGCUAAAGCCUUGGUCCUUCAAAACUGAGCGUUGUAGUGGGUAUCAGGUUUUUCUAAUUCAGAGAUAUGUGAGUAUCUGGUCGAUGGAGCAGAAGACAUGAUGCUUACCUUCUCUCUCCUCAGAUUGGCAACUUAAGCAUUCAGAACCAGACAUUUGCCGAGGCUACAGAUCUGCCAGGUUUGGUUUUUGUAGCUGCAAAGUUUGAUGGCAUCAUGGGGCUGGGGUAUCCCAGCAUCUCAGUCAACAAUAUCACCCCACCCUUUGAUAACAUGAUGAAGAAUAAGCUGCUUAAGAAGAACGUAUUCUCCUUCCACCUCUGCAAGUAGGAAUCCUUCAUGUUACCUCCUCCUUUCUCUCAUCUCAGUCUUACCCUUCCCAAGUCCCAAUGCAUCCCUUUAGAGAUGCAUCCAAUGUUAGCCACAAUCAGAGUAGACUCGUUGGAAUUAAUUGGCAUGACUAAUGUAGCUGUUAACGAAGCUCUGGCAUAAUAGGAUCAUACCAUCGAGUCCCAAUUAAUCUUGCUGCCCUAUUCUGGACCAACUGAAGUUUCCAAACCAUCUCCAAGGGCAAAAAUUUACAAUGCAUGAGAAACUAUUUGCUUUUCCUUCUCAGCUGCUGUUUGCAUUGACUCAAUCUUUCCUACACUGAACAUGCCCUCAAAAAUAUGCUCACAUGUCAUUGGAUGUUAGGAUUAGGCACACUCCAUUCUCAAUAGAAGAGAAGAACAAAGAGCUUCUCUUAGCAAGCACAGUGGUGUCCAAUGUUGGUGCCUUUUCCACAUUGAUGGGGGGUGGGGAACAUGCCUGCUCCUUUUUGCUCUUCUAAAUGUGGCCACCAUUUUGUCUUACUUGACACACCCCAUGGCAGCCAUUUUGUGACUGGCACUGAAUUAUCAGAAUUCCAAAUGCAUCCACUGGCCCGAAAAGGUUGGCAACCUCUGGCCUAAGUAAGCUAUUAAGAGGUACUUUGAGCCGAUGAGUCAUCUUGUUGCAGCAGGGUAGCUCUGGGUGACAUCUUUUUAUGCAGGAAUCUGGGCUGUCAGUUUUCCAGUUGGCAUAACAUUCUUAUUUUCAGUGACUCACAAAGACUGGUUUAGGAUUCUGAAAUGCCUCUGUGUAUACAAUACAAUUAAAGAGAAUGUUGAUUGCCAGGUGGAGUUCAGUACAUCCUGCCAUGUAUAUACAGUAUUCUGGGUGGAUACCAUCACACAUUAUAGGUACAUGAGUGGGAUGAUGCGGAUAUUUUCUGUUCAUUCUCGGUUGUUCCUCAUCUAAUGGCAGGUGGUUCCAUCACUCUGGUGUUUCAUGUAACGUGACAGCUUUACUGGGUCUGCUUCUUUUUGGUGACAGAGUACUGGAAAAUAACAUUGUUUUGGUAGUGUCCUUGCUGUUGAACAAUUGUUGAGCUCAAAAGGUCCCAAGUUCAAUUGCUAGCAUUUCCAGGCAGAGCUCUUGUCUGAAAUUUUGGGUAGCUGCUCCCGGUUCCUAGAGACAAUACUGAGCAUGUUUAGCCUUUGCUCUGACUCAGUAUGGCAGCUUCCUAUGUACCGUAUUUACAGCUAUACAGGUUCAGUAGGUGAUGAACAAUCAUGCCAGGUGGCUACUCUACCCGGAGGCCAUGGUCAAUCAUUCCUAGCCCCAAAGCAGUGUCUGCCCAUACCAUCAAGUUCUUAAACAGCUAUUUCUGCCAGCCAAGAGCCUCUCAGAAACCUUUCUCAGUCAGCACUAAAGCGCAAGCCACAAUUUGUUCAGAUUCAAACUGUCCCUUUGAGACCCCACCCGGUGAUGGAUGUGACAUGUUAGAGGAGCAUGGAGCAGCCAUUGCUCAUCAGAGUCCAUUAUCCACGAGGCAGGGUUGCCAACUGACCAGGGGCUGGGAUGGCCUGACCUGCUCCUGUACCCUUUAACAGAAAUUCAACAUGCAGAAAUUGGCAGGUGAAGCUUAUCAAAGGAACAAGAUUAAAAGAACAUCAUGGAUUUGAGUGACCGUUUGCAAUUCCAAGUGUUCCCUUUGAACCACUCUGAGAACUGUAGCUGCAGGAAGGGAACAGGGGUCUCCUGGCAAUCCUCAGCUCCCAGAAUUCCUUGGGGGAAGCCAUGACCGUUUCAGGUGGUAUCAUAGUGCUUUAAAGGUAUGAAUGUGGACUUAGGUUGCCCAGAGGCAAUCUAUACAUUUAUGCCAAUGUUUAUUCAACCACUUAGAGGUGUGAGGGUCCCUCCCCAGCCCUGUUAGGUGGCUCACAAGUUUUGUUAAGUAAAUAAAAUAUCCUUUCCUCUUGCUUGCCUGCUCCACACACAUACCCAUUGUUGCUCCUCAGAAGAAGAGCUUUUUGACCCUUCUGAUUCUUCUCCUAGCACUGACAGCGGCUAUGAAAACAACGGUGGCGAAGUGGUUUUCGGAGAUAUCAACCACGAUGCCUAUGAAGGGAAGCUCCACUACAUCCCAGUGUCACGCAAGGCUUACUGGCAGAUCAAGAUAGACAAGUGAGUGCCGCCAUUUAUUUCCUGAUCUGUUUCUGGGAUAGAUUUAUGUACCGCUUAGUCAUUCACAUUUCCAAGAUGGCGCACAUAAAAACAAAACAAUUAAAAGCCGCCAUAGAACUGAACGCUACCUCAGAACACAUGCUGGAAUAAGAAAGUCUUUUGUUGCGUGGGAAGACUGAGACUAAGAAGGAAGAAGCGGACAGGCAAUGCUGCCGCCACCUGCACUGGCAAGUGAAGGCUGGGUGAGGGCAGACUGAGGUUGCUGGGUAAAGUGCCACUCUUGCCCCAGUGGACCAGCCUCUGCUCUGCAUUAUUGAAUGUCCAAUUUUAUAACUGGGUUUCCUCGCAAGGUCAAUUUAGCAUGUGAAAGUGGAUCAAUUUUAUUUUUAUUAGACAUUAUAUUCCAUUUCUUUCUAACCGACUUAAUUGUUUCAAGGGUCUCCCGCAUUUUCAAAUAUUUUGAUCCUAAUAUUGUCCAACCCACCAAAGAUGAUGUAUACGUAUAUUCUAAAGUUGCCCAGGUUGGAUAGUUAACACCAGAUAUAGGUUUCCAGGCUUUGGCACAUUGCAAUUAAUAAGCACGAUGGUAUACCAAAUCCGAAUUUGGAUUUAUUUAUUUUUGGCAGAAAUAUUCUUGGAGUUGCUGAACUCCAAAGACAUUUCCUAAACAAACAAACAAAAUAUUUUUUAGAAAUAUGUUCCAGAUAUAUAAACUGGAAGUCCUCUCAGAAUAUAAAUUCUUGCACGAAGGCAAGAGUUGAAGGUUUUUUUCUACCCACUUUUGAUUGUAGCCACACAAACACACUCCCCGCCCCCCAUGCCAUGCCUGCUGCUGGCAAUAUGGAUUCCAGAAGACAAAUAAACCAGAAAUCAACUCCUGCUUUAUUUAAAACAACCAGUGUUUAAAAAUUCAAACAACAAACCAUUAAUUUUUAAAAAAUAUUGACAUCCUGAAUAUGCAGUGAACAAAACACUUUUGCUGAUGGUACUUGGGUGUAGACCUAGAGAAUAGCACUUCAAGUCAUCAGUGAAUAAUAGUUAUAAUUGUCAAACAUAUUUCAACCUUACAGCCUUCCUCGGUGGCAUCGGUGUCUAAAAUGGCAGAUUUAGCUGCUUGGGAGUUUGAGAAGAUAAUUCAGGCUUGCAUCCAUCCAAAUUAAUGUCCUAACAGUAAAUAUAUAAUUGCAUUUCCAUUACUCAGCAUGAUUGCAAUACCCCCCACCUGAAAAAGAUGUUCUAAGCAAGGCCACAUAUCUCUAUUUGCCAUCUAUGAGAAAUGUUUGUGUUUAAAGAAUAAAUGUGAAGCCUAAUGCAGGAAACACUCUACCCUCUGGCCUCUUGGGUACAGCAGUCCUUUCCUCUCAGUGAUGCCAAGUUGCAGUUAUCCUGGUGGAGUUUUCCGCCAGACCAUCUGGGGAGUUCUGCUGGCGUGGCUUCAUCUCUGCCAGUGGAGAUACACAGCCUUUGCCAACCUGGUGCCUGGCAGAUGUUUUGGACUACAACUCCCAUCAGCCAGUGCUGGUUGGAGCUGAUGGGAGUUGUAGUCCUAAACUUUUUGCAGGCACCAAUUGGGGAAGGCUGCCUUAAGGAUGCUGGGCUGGUGUAAUUCAGAUAUAGGAUUUUGCCCUAAACCUGAAUCUCAGUCUGGCUUUUCCAGACAACCACUUUACAGAGCAGUGUUCUAAUUAAGGAUAUGUUCACAUUAGGGACUUGCGAUGCAAUGAGGUCAUUUUCCCGCCCAUGGCAUUUCAAGUUGCAUUAGCAUGGUGUUGUUCACAUCAGAGAGCAGGUGGGGAUGUCUUCACCGGAUGUACAUGGCCUUUUUGGUUUCCCCUGACGAGGUCAAAGCCACCAUGGUGCAGCUAUUAGAAUGUCAGGCUAAGAUCUCAGUGACCAGGGUUCGAAUCCCCACUUUAGUCAUGAAGCUCAUUGGAUGGCUUUGGACCAGCCAGUCACUAUCUCACAGCCUAGCCUGCCUUGCAGAGUUGCUGCAGUGGUAACAUGUGUGCGUGAAGGGGAAUCAUCUGUACUGCCUGAGCUACCUGGAGGGAAGGUGGACUAGAAAUGUAGCAAUAUAAAGAUUUGGUACUCUCACCAUAGUAGAGUAUGAAAUCUAGCAACCAUUAUAAACCCAUUUCCAGAGCCUCAGCUAUAAACCAUGAGUUUUGAGUGCUUGUGUAACACCGGACUGGAGUUCCAUAUGCUACCAACAUUACAGAUGGUCCCGGUUUGUUUUUUUUAAGAUAUUCAAUAGGUUGUUUGUUUUGCAAGAACAGCACUAACCACAAGAGGACAGUGCUGCUGCAUUUUCAACCAACUUUCCGAUAUACAGUACUUUACUUGCUGCUCCUGUUUCCUGAGGUUUCUGCUAUUUUUGUACUUUGCGUGUUCUCUUGGAUAUUAUUUCUGUUAUUGUUGUGGGGGUUUUUUUAUGGUAAGUUGCCCUGGAGGCAAAAAAGCUGAAAGAUGGGAAAUUAAAUGUUUUCAAUGAAUAAAUAAGAAUAAAGAUGUGCAGAGUGGAAGCGGAAAAUUCCAAUCAAUCCACACAGCACCUUCUGGGAAAAGUCAAUCGCUGGAAACCUGACAUCAAGGACACUGCUAGGUCCAAAACAGACUUGGGACACAGGCCCAUGACCCAGAUUUUGCCGAUGGGCAAAUUAAAACUGUGGGUGGUUGAGGUCUUAGGUCACAUCCAUAUCCUACAUUUAAAGCACUCUUAGACCACUUUUAACAGUCAUGAAGAACCUUGAGAACUGUAGUUUGUUAAGAGUGCUGGGAACUAUAGCUGCGUGAGAUCAGCUACAGUAGUUCCUAGGAUGUUCCAGGCCUCUUAAAAGGUCUUUAACUGUAACAGUAUAGAGAGAAACAGCCCAUGCAAUUUUUAUGCAGGGGGCUCAGUGCAAAAAACAAAACAAAACCCAAGGGCUCAGGUCCCUAACAACACUUCCUGCCUGAUAUGCUAGUUUUCUUGGUGCGGAGGUUUAUUUAUUUAAUUUGUGUGUGUAAAGAAGAAAGAGGAACAGCCCAGACACAGGUUCAUCCACACCUUCUGCUGUUGAUGAGAACUAGAUCUUAAACUGCCAAUCCCAAGCUCUUUCAUCGGUGUGUAUGAGUUUGGUGGUCAGAGUCCUCCUGCUCACUAGCUUCUGGUUGUCUGGCCACAGAUGUGUCCUCUCAACUCUCAUCAGGCCUCCAAAACACCGUGAAUAAAGGCUGCCAACCACUUUCGUUUCCCCUCUGUGUAGGAUAACUGUGGAGAAGCAAUCCAAGAGUGAAAAAUGUUGGCCGUGGAGGCUGUUUGACAAGGACAAUUCAACGAAGUUGUGCAAGGACAGUUGCCAAGGCAUUGUGGACACUGGCACUUCUCUUAUCACAGGGUCUAGUGAUGAAAUCAAAGAGUUGCAGAAGGCCAUUGGGGCUGAACAUAUCAUGGGAGGACAGGUAAGGAAGAGGCAACGUGUCUUGGAUCCUUUAAUGACCCAUCCAAAACAACAACAACAACAAAACCUCCAUGCAGAGCCUUCCAAAUUAACAAAUCCACCCCUUGGUUCUGGUUUCAUUGGCUUAUUCUCUCUGCUGUCGAUCUGUCGGUGUGAUAUCCCAUCAUACUCGAAUGUGACCAGGAAGCAGAACUCAGGCUAGGGUUGUGCACUUGAAGGAGUGAGUUUAUGCAGGACCAUUUUCAGUGACCAGAGUCAGCAGAGGCGGGAAGCAGACUUUGUUUCUAUUCCAAUGGUAUGCCCAACAUUCUUUUGCUUUCUUCCAUAUGAAUUGGAAAUCUUACUACAAUAUUUUCACCUUAAAGUCCUGCACUUAAGAGGCCAGUUUUGCAGUGAGGCCAAAACCUGCCUUCCUUCCCCAACCCUGGGGCUCUUCCUGACCACCUGUUUUUUUUAAUCAUUCAUCCUGAUUUGCUUGCACAAAGCUUAGCAUGGAGGUCAGACUAUGCCUGGUGUUUGUUGAGUGUUCUUUCUUGUUUUUUUGCGGGGAGGUUAUUUGACAAGGAACAGCAUCAAACUGUGGGGUUCCCUCCUUUGCUCCACAUCACUGACUGCCAUUGGCAGGGAAGGUCGCCCUGUGAUGAUGCAACACACUGCAUUUGGCUAAGGAGAGAAGAUGCAAUCCCAAGGAUGCCAUUUUCAGAGACAGCUCCUCAUCUGCCGUGGAGUCUAGUACCUUCAACUUCUGGCAAAAUGCGGUGGUGGGAGUGAGUGGAGUUUGGGGUAAAUGCCCUAGCAUAGAAGAGGUGUGUUAAGAGAAGAAUGGCUGUCCAGUCUCUUCCCCUUCCCUUCCUCAUGGCACUCUCCCUUUCCCCACCACAGUAUGCAAUAGAUUGCAGUAAACUUCCUGAGCUACCAAACGUGACUUUUCAUCUUGGUGGAAAGCCCUUCGCUCUGACACCAAAGGACUACGUUCUUCAGGUAAGAGAGGCCAACACAAGACCUUUGAGGAAAUGGUGAUGGCUUUAGCAGAGGGUUGGUUAAGAUGAUCCUUGGGAUCCAAUCAAACUUUACAAUUCUGUGAUUCUAUGACUCUAAAGUGGUAUGAUGGUGCAUUAAGUGUAUAAUGCAGAUGGGGCCUUAGACCCUACGCAGUGACAGUCAGUCUGACUGGACAAUACUGACCAAGUGAACCCAUGGGUCAGGCUCAGUAUAAGGCAGCUUCCUAUAUUCCUCAGAAUUCCUGAGUGAGAGUGAGCCCACACCUUGUUCAGGAGUAUAGGUGGGGGAGGAAUUUGGUUAGCAUUUUAAUACACAACUCCCUAAUUUGCACUUCUUGAAACAAUAUGCAGACCAAACACAGCUGUCUUUCAAAAUCUGCAAUUCUCCAUCCAAAUAAUACAUACAUAAAUGUCUACAUUCGGGGAAAGUGAGCAUAAAAAUGCACAUGUUCAUGAAAAUAACAUUUUUUAAAAAUGCAUUACAAGCUAAAUUGCUUGCAAAAAUGUGUGUGUUGGGGAAAUUUCCAUGCAAAAAUGAGAAUAGCUGCACAUUGCUGGGCAUUGGACUAGAUGAUCCUCAGGGUCCCUUCCAAAUCUACUAUUCUACGAUUCUAUGAAUAUAGGGAGAAAUUUCCACUAAAUGCUAAUGAAUUUUCAUGAGGAUCUUUCUUUAAAUAAUGCAGAGGUGUGGGGAAUUGAAUUUAAGAUAGAAAAAUGGGGGAAAGGGGAAAUAUUCAAACUGACAAUUACUCAGCGGAAAGGACUAUAGUGGCAUUGCCUAAAGUCUCUAGAAGCCUGUAAGCCUCCUGCGACGGCCUCUCAUUGAACUGUGCUAUUUCCCUCCCAUCUUCACAGAUAACCCAAGGAGGAGUGACUGUCUGCCUCAGCGGCUUCAUGAGUCUUGACAUCCCUAAGCCCACCGGACCACUCUGGAUCCUGGGUGACGUUUUCCUCCGGCGCUUUUACUCAGUCUUUGACCGAGAUAAUGACCAAGUUGGCUUAGCUGUCUCCAAACAAACCAUAUGCGGUGCAACUACAGCUGCAGUAGCAGCUACACCGGCUCCACAGGGCACAACUCCAGCUGCAGCCACCACAACCACCGGAUGUUAG